AUGUCGGGAAUGGCAUGUGGCGCUGGAAUGAGCAUGUCCAUGAACAUGACUGGAAACGACGGUGAUUCCACUCCGGCAUCGUCCAGCGAUACUACUGCUACUGCUAACGGUACUGCUACUACUAGUAGGCUCACUGGAACUGGAAAUGGAAAUGGCAGCGGCACUAACUCUCACUCAAACCAUAGUUCUUCUAUUGUACUCAAAAACUCAAACAACACUGUCAACAUCUCAAUGACGCAGGCCAUGACCCACGCUGCAGCCGCUCAACAGCAGGCGCAGGCGCAACUCUUGCGAAAGACCAUUGGCACUGCUCGAACUGGAUCCACAGAAAGCACUGCUUCGCUCUCGCAAACAAACAGCAGUCAGACACACCUUUCCGCAAACACUGACGCCGGAACCACUGGGGUUCACAAACCACCCAGAGGACAUCCCCAGCAACAGCCCUAUCCGCAUCCAGGAAUCCCAGUAUCCAGAAGCAGUGGAAGUACCGGUAACCAGUCACUCUACAAACCUGGAAAACAGCACAUGACUUCUGCAGGCAGCCAAGAGUUCGACCAUGAUCACCAGACAUUUGCCACUGCCACUACUGCCUCGGCUACUAUCUCGUACUCCACGGAUGAAGUGGACCACACCAACUCGGAUGUCAGUGAAGCUGGAAUGGAAGUUGUCAUGGACACGGAUGUCAGCAGUGGAGAUGAACGCAAUCUAGAAGAACAGAUACUCUCACUCUCCAAACAACCAAGGCUCGCAAACAAACCCAAGGAAGAACCAUACAAGAGCCACUCAUUCCCUGCUGGAAAACACACAUUCACCGUCGAUACACGAUACGGAUUCAUCAGGGUCAUUGGUAGUGGGGCUUAUGGAGUCGUCAUUAGUGCCAAGGACACAAAGGGGGAUGCCGACGUUGCCAUCAAAAUGGUACCCAGGGCGUUCCACGACGAAAUCGACGCUAAGCGUAUAUUACGCGAAAUCAAACUACUCAAACACUUUCAACAUGAAAACAUUGUCAGCAUUACUGACAUGAUGCCUCCUUCCGUCAAGUACGUCGAAGACUUUAAUGACGUUUACAUCGUCACGGACCUCAUGGAAACAGACCUUCAUCGCAUCAUCUACUCAAAGCAAAAGCUAAGCAUGGAUCACGUCCAAUACUUUGUAUAUCAAGUCCUGCGCGGACUCAAAUACAUUCAUUCCUGCAAUGUCCUACACAGGGAUCUCAAGCCCUCCAAUCUUUUGGUCAAUUCUAAUUGUGAUCUCAAGAUUUGCGAUUUUGGACUCGCCAGGGGAAUCCUUGAUGAUCAAAACACCAUGGACGAAUCCAACAAGGGAUCGCUUCUACUCACCGAGUAUGUCGUCACCCGGUGGUACAGAGCGCCCGAAAUCAUGUUGGCAUGUCAUGAAUACUCAAAACCAAUUGAUGUCUGGAGUGUUGGAUGCAUCUUCGCAGAGCUGAUCCUUCGAAAGCCAUACUUCCCAGGAGAUGAUUACAUUGAUCAGCUCACUAUCAUUUCGGAAAAGCUCGGAAAGAUAACAGAAGCUGACUUAACUUUUGUCACGUCGGAGAAAGCAAAGCGCUUCAUGCGCAAGCUGCCAAACAAGCCACCAGUUCCUUUGAGUCAGCAGUUCCCUUCGGCGUCGUCAGAAGCCCUUGAUCUGCUCCGCAAGAUGCUCACCGUUCAUCCCAAGAAACGCAUCACUGUGGAAGCUGCUUUGGCGCACCCAUUCUUUUCCCAGCUUCACAGCCCUGAAGAUGAACCAGUGUGCGAAAAAGGAUCCUUUGACUUUAGCUUUGAGGACGAACAUUUGCAUAGGAGGCGAUUGCAGGAACUGAUUUGGGAAGAGGUUGGUGUCUUCCGUCCUUCGGUGCUGCCGGUGGCCCCUUCUCGAUCGCACAGUGGUGUGGGCAACUUGGAGUUGUCUUCCAACCGCAAUCGAAGUCGGGAUCCUUAG